CAUUGAAAUAACCAUUUUGUCCCGUUGCACAUUCGUUCGAAAUCGUAGUGCGAAAAAGAAAAGAGGAGUAAACAGUAACCAACAGGAAAUAAUUUAUUACGCGCCAAAUCGAUUAUAAGAUUUCUUAAACAUUGCAAGUAAUUAUAUUUACAAAUAAACGUCGAUCAUCAACUUCGUUAUUAAAAAGUGAACAAAAUGUUGCGCGUUGGUAUCAGAGCUGUUCGUAAGAGUUUCAACGUAAGGAAUUUUGCGAAUGCACCAGCACAAGAACGUGCACUAUCGGCGACUUUUAAGAUUCAAGAUCCUAAAGAUUUUGAUGAACGCGUGAAAAAUUCUAAAGUGCCUGUGAUCGUCGAUUUUUUCGCCACGUGGUGUAAUCCAUGCCGCAUGUUGACUCCUCGUUUAGAAUCAGUGAUCGCAGAGAAACAGGGAAAAGUACUUUUGGCUAAGGUUGACAUUGAUGAAAACAGUGAUCUUGCACUUGAUUAUGAAGUUGGCAGCGUUCCUGUCUUAAUUGCAAUGAAGGAUGGAAAAGUCUUGGAAAGAGUUGUUGGUUUACAGGAUACAGAUAAACUUAGACAAUUCGUUAACAAAUAUGCAGAAUAGUACAAUAUAGUGUUACAUAUAGUAUGAUCCUGUUGUACUUUUUGUAGCUGUGGCAUAUGUUAUAUAUUUAAAAAAAAAGAAAUAGUACAUACAUACUUUUCAACUUGGUCUGUUCUUUUUUUUUUUUUUUUUUUUUU